UUCCAGCAUUUUCUGUGCUCGGCGAAUAAACGCAGGAGCACCGCUAGAGCCCCGCAGCAGCUGCUAGAGGUUUCUAGAAACAGCGUGCGCAUCACCGGAGAGGCGCCGGCACACACCUGCUCUCUGCUUAUAACGCUAUACUUUUAAACUGUGCUCAUUAUUUAUCCAGCGCAAUGGCGAAGUGGGGAGAAGGAGAUCCUCGUUGGAUCGUAGAGGAGAGAGCCGAUGCGACUAAUGUCAACAACUGGCACUGGACGGAAAGAGAUGCAACAAACUGGUCGUCGGAUAAAUUAAAAUCUUUGCUCCUUGGAUUGAGUGUGGAGAACGAAGAGGGAAACUGUGAAGUGACAGAAGUCAGCAAGGUGGAAGGAGAGGCCUCGAUUAACAACCGCAAAGGCAAACUUAUUUUCUUUUAUGAGUGGAACCUGAAAGCAACUUGGACUGGAAAGUCAAAAGCAGGAGUCAAGUAUAAAGGAACAAUUGAGGUCCCAAACCUGUCUGAUGAAAAUGACAUGGAGGAUCUCGAUAUUUCUGUAUCGUUGAACAAAGAUGAACCCGACACGCCGCUGUUAAACCUGAUGAAAACAAAAGGAGUGGAGAUCUUCCGCGACGCGCUGCAAAGCUACGUUGGCUUCUUGAAAACAGAGUUCACACAGGGGAUGAUCCUGCCUACAGCCAACGGUGUGGCAAAGCCACAGUCUACAUCACAGUCCAAAGCCAAGGUGGAUAAAACUGAGAUUUCCUCCUCUGCCAGCACGGCGGCUCCCAUCAACACGGGCGUCAAGAUCCCCACCUGUAAAUUCACUUUGAGAGAAACGUUUCUCACCUCGCCAGCUGAUCUCUACAGGGUCUUUGUCAACAAAGAGAUGGUUCAGGCGUUCACACGUGGCGCAGCCACAGUAGACGGAGAGAGGGGCGGAAAGUUUCGCCUGCUAGACGGAAAUAUUCUCGGUGAAUUCACAGAGCUGGUUCCAGAUGAGAAAAUAGUUAUGAAGUGGAGGUAUAACAACUGGCCCUGUGAGCACUACGCAACCAUCACAAUGACAUUCUUGGACCGGAACAGUGAGACGGAGCUGAAGGUGGAGUAUCGAGGCGUCCCGAACAGCCAGGAAGAGCAGACGAAAGAGGGCUGGAAGAGAUACUACUUUGAAUCUAUUAAACAGACAUUUGGCUACGGAGCGCGGCUCUUCUGAAAAGAGUGUACUGUAGUGCUGCAUUUUUGUUUGUUUUUUUCCUGUUUUUGGAUUUUUAAUCUUUUGUCCUUCGAUCUCUGGCACAUCCAACUGUAAACUCGGAACGCGACUCAACAAAAGAGACGACAUAAGUGAGGCCGACCUGUCACCUUUCUAUGUGUAAAUGUUUUAAUUUCUGAGCAUAUUUAAAUCACAGUUUGGGGUUUGUUUGCCCCUCUUCAGUAUUUGGGUCCAUUGUUCUAAGGAGUGUAAAUGGACUGUGCCUUGGGGAAUUUUUGGUUGAAUUAUGGAUUGAAUAAAGCAAAGAAGGAUCUAUAAAACCACUACUGCAAAUUGGCCUCCACUUUGAUAAAUAUGUAAUUAUUGCAGGAUUUAAACAGAAAUGUUGGUUUUCUUUUAUUUGGGAAAAAAAAAAGUGUUUAAAAUGAAUGUUUAUUUUUUACUCGUAUUGCUCAUUUUGAGUGUAACUGUAGUGAAGAUGCUUUCAGUCAAGAUGCAUGUUUCCAUUCCAAACUUCCAUCUGGAGGAAUGACUGCUGGAUUUGAACUUUACUUGUGAAGUCUUGUCACCUGCAGCCAAGCAGUACCGUACUUCGACUUGCUCUGAGACUUGACCUCAUUCUGGUUACGAGCGCAGCAUCUGUCAGCUUGGACCUCCAGGAAGAAAGUUAACGCCAAUGUUGCCGGUGCCGGGACAUGGAAACAGUUUCACCUCUGUAUGCAGGUCGCUAGUGUAGCAACUAAAGAGAUGUUUUGCUGUAUUUGGCUUCAAACUGUAAAAUCUCCAGUAAAAACAGCUUUGAGAAGAGAGUGCAUCUAUUUAUUCCUCAUUUCACCCCCAUCCCAAUGUAAAAAGGUUAGUUUAUUGGAAUAAACCAAUCCCUGUAUGCU